AUGCCAGAGCGGACUCUGGGCGUGGUACAAGACUUGGUCCUCAUAUCAGCCGCUAGCUUCUCGAUAUACUACCUUGUGAAUCACUUCCUCUCACGGCUUGAUACUGAAGGCAAGGAGCAAACAAGUCGCAAGUUAGCAGCUGCAGCCAUCUUGCGCCGGCUCGACCCCCAAGAGAAAGAUGGAGAAAGCAACGAGAAGGGCAGAAGGUCAAGAAAGGAGGAUCUGGUACUCACGCAAUACGAACAGAUGAUUGCCAUGGAUGUCGUCGCGCCAGAGGAUAUACCGGUCACCUUUGAAGACAUUGGAGGACUCGGUGAUAUUAUCGAAGAGCUCAAAGAGUCUGUCAUCUACCCUCUCACCAUGCCCCAGCUUUACGCACAUACCUCAUCGUUACUGUCCGCACCUUCUGGCGUGCUCCUCUACGGACCUCCAGGCUGCGGCAAGACCAUGAUGGCGAAAGCGUUGGCUCAUGAGAGUGGUGCAACCUUUAUCAACUUACACAUAUCAACCUUGACUGAAAAAUGGUACGGCGACUCCAAUAAACUGGUCAGCGCAGUUUUCUCUUUGGCACGGAAACUGGAGCCUAGCAUAGUCUUCAUUGACGAAAUAGAUGCAGUGCUUGGCAAUAGGAGAUCUGGAGAACAUGAGGCCAGCGGAAUGGUGAAGGCAGAGUUUAUGACCCAUUGGGAUGGCUUGACAUCAGCGAAUACCUCUGGUGAGCCUCAAAGGAUACUUAUCCUUGGUGCUACCAACCGUAUGCAAGACAUCGACGACGCCAUCCUGAGGCGGAUGCCUAAGAAGUUUGCGGUCUCCCUGCCUUCAGCCCCGCAACGACUACGAAUAUUAGGCCUCAUAUUGAAGGACACGAGGAUCGACAAAGACCACUUUGAUCUUGAAUACCUGGUACGAGUCAUGGCAGGAAUGUCAGGUAGUGACAUUAAAGAAGCCUGUCGCGACGCUGCUAUGGUUCCCGUGAAAGAAUUUAUCAGGCAGAAACGUGCCUCUGGGGCGCCAAUGGAUGCCGUCGACCCUCGCGAAGUCCGAGGUUUGAGAACGGCGGAUUUCUUUGGUUCUGCAGGUGGCGUUCAGGUCUUACAAAGGCCGUCAAAACAGAAAGUGCUUACUGACUCGGAGACAUCCGAGGCGAAUACUGAUGAAGAGACAGAUUAG